UGCGGCACCCAAACCAGUAACAUUAGCUCUGUGUCAGCAAAGGAUGGUGUUGGUGGGUGUUUUCCUGAACUAACACUUUAUUGUGUUUUACGUCUGCGAUGCGUGACUGCUGUAAUGCGAAUAUUCAACUUUUAUCGCACUUAAAUAUUAACUCCUCACCGUUACAUCCGCAUUCGUCAGCUAACUAGCGUCCACCAGAGUCCAUCUGAGCAAAGCUACGGACCGCUACCGGGACAAAAAUGAACUUUUUCUAAUCCCUAAACGUCUUUGGCCUGACCUCUUGAAAAUGGGCUUCGAGGAUUCAGCAAUGGAUUUUCACCAAUAAGUACUCCUUACUUCACGGCGAGCAUCUGCUUUGCAAGCUGUGCAGUCCAUCAGUAUGUUUUAUCGCCAUGGGAUGACUGAUCAGGGAAUCUGUGGCAGUCGGUAUUUUUGCUGAAAUGUUCUGCACAGAGGAAAUAUCUUAAACUAUAAUUAAGUAACUAAUUAACAGCAUUGAACUGUUUUCAAAUCGGCAACGUCACCAACAGCCAUGGGCUUCUUUUCACCUGUGUGCAAGAUUUUGCGCAGGGGGAAAUAUUUUGUACUGCUUAUCCUCUCGCUGUCAGUGCUGGCAUGGAUAGCUACCUUUUCAGGUGAAACUGUGAAAUCUGUUCUGGUUUCAUCGGCCACAACACAAGCUCUGGUCAAAGAAGUGACUUUGAGGGACAAACUCAACUCCUGGACAGCAGCACCUGACCGCGUAAAUACUCAACCACUAAAAACGGAAUGCCCUGAGAAGUCACCAUUGCUCCAGGGUGCUUUGAAUCUGUCCUUUGAGUCCUCCCUGAAACUGAAGGAUGUGGAGGGUGAAAACAAAGACGUGAACGAAGGCGAGUAUGAGCCGUCAGACUGUACGGCGAGGCAGAGCGUAGCGAUCCUCAUCCCGCAUCGCAACCGAGAGAGACACCUCCUCUACCUCCUGCACCACUUGCAUCCCUUUCUGCAGCGGCAGCAACUACACUACGCCAUCUAUGUCAUCCAGCAGGCUGGUGAUGCAACUUUUAACCGUGCCAAGUUGCUGAAUGUUGGCUAUUUGGAGGCGCUGAAGGACUACAGUUGGGAGUGUUUCAUCUUCCAUGACGUGGAUCUGGUUCCUGAAAAUGAUCACAAUUUAUACAUGUGUGACAAGCAGCCCAAACACUUGGUGGUUGGUCGGAAUGCGACAGGAUACAAGCUGCGUUACAAAGGCUACUUCGGAGGAGUCACUGCCAUGACCAAAGAACAGUUUUUCCAAGUGAAUGGAUUCUCCAACAUUUACUGGGGUUGGGGUGGAGAAGAUGAUGACCUUCGCAUCAGAGUUGAACUGCAGAAAAUGAAGAUUGUGCGGCCACCUGCUCAAGUAGCCCGCUAUACCAUGGUGUUUCACAAGCGGGACAGUGGCAAUGAAAUAAACAAAGACAGAAUGAGGUUGCUAGGACGAACACCACAUGUGUGGAGAAAGGAUGGACUCAACAGCUGCUCAUAUAAGACUCUGUCAGUGGAGAGGCUACCUCUUUAUGUCAAUGUUACUGUGGACAUUGGUAAGCCACAGAGUUGAGAUCUCAAACAGGAAACCUUGCUGUGACCAAAAAGAAAACAAAAUCUGACCUAUUUUAUGAAGUCCAGGCCACUGAGUGCAGAAAAGCUACUACAUGUGAGUACAGGACUACUUACACAGAAUGCACAUUGUUUUGAUUAGUUUACAUAUUCAAAUUCAGCUACAUUUGGCAUUAGCCGACACACUGUUUAUCUCUUAUUAAUCCCACGAGGGGAAAUUCUGAUUUUCGCAUAUACCCCCAUCCCGGGGGGGGGUCAGUCAGUCAGAGCCGUAGGGUCAGCUGCGGUAUGCCACCCCGGGAGCAAUUAGGGGUUGGGUUUUGUAAUUAGGGGUUGGGUGUCUUGCUCAGGGACACCUCGACAUGAGCCGGGGUUCGAACCGCAACCCUCCGGUUGCGAGACAGCCACUUUACCCACUGAGCUAUGCCGCUCUCAGAGCCAUCACUCAAUACAUGAUUGCCUAAGUGCUCAGACAGACAUGAAGUGAAAACUCUCCGCCGGCAUAUCAUGCUGCCUUCAUUUCUUUAUAUUGUUACCAGCCUGCUGAAAAACUAAAGCAGGCUUUUCUCAUGAGGAAUGACUGGCUUUGGUCAAAUAAGUUGGCCUUUAACUCCCAUUCCUAUUAUUUAAUUGUGUUGCCAAAACAUCCAACUAUUAGCUGUUGAUUUAUUUACACAUAUGCCUUAUUAUUUGCCUGCAUGAUGUACACAAAUUGAAAAUGUGUAUUUUGUGUGCUUCAUAAUGUGGAUGCAUUGACAUCCUAAAGUUUGCCAAUAUCAGCUGGGACAGGCCCUCCACAACCCUAUACUGGUUACAGUGGGAACAGCUGAUGGAAACAAAUACUCAACUAAACAAUGAUACACUAAAAGCUUCACUGUAGCUGUUUUUACAUCAAAUCCAGCUGUUGGUUUGUCAGUUUUCUACUAGAAACAUUUAAAAGUUGGUGACAGAGACAAAGCAAAUUAUACAAAUGAGUGCUGUGUGAGCAUAUUAAUGAAGUCCUAGUAGUCUUAAUUAUAUUUGAUAUCGGAGGUCUUCCUCGUCUUAAACUUGCCUAUAAAGUUACUGCUCUGUGUCCUAAAGUGAUUGUUUUAAAAAUCUCAUUUGGUACAGAAUAGUGGUCUAGUUGAGUCCGAAAGAGGACGACGGAUGAAUCUUGUGUGUCGAAGAAGGAAAACUCAAGCAAUAAAAAAAAAAUAUAUAUAUAUAUAUAUAUAUAUAUAUAUAGCUGAUCGAUGAGCUACAGUCAGCCGAUUGCAAAGCUAGAAUAGGUUAUUUCCUGUCAUAGGUCUAAGUAGGCUGUGUAGACUUCUUUCUGCUCGAGAAUCAACCCAAAUUAUUCUUAGUAUUUUUAGCGUUAUAUGCUAUAAAAAUAAGCUGUGGGCUGUCUUUAUUUAUAGAACAUGAGAACCUUGACCACACGCGGAUGUUACUGACCUGGGGCCUCAUUUAUAAAACAUUGCGUAGGAUUCAUACUAAAGUUUGCGUACGCCAAAAAUCAGAAAUGGGCGUAUGCCCCUGAUUUAUAAAACUUUGCGUAAGCACAGCUGCAUGCAAUUUCUUGAUAAAUCACACACCAGCUGGAAGAUUGCACAGGUGGAUCCACCUCACAUUCCGCCCACAACACACCCACAUUUUACCGUGAAUGGUCAAUGCAAAGUAACUCAUGAAUGUAUCUGUAUAUAAAUAAGCUGCUGAUCCACGGCAUUUCACGCAGUGCCGGCCGGCAGUCUUUUCACUGCUGUGCGUCAGGAUGAAUGAAUCAUGUGUUGACCCAGGCCACUCUGCCACUAAAUUUGUUAUGAUCAUGUCCGAUGUACAAAUAAUUUGUAAACUGAUUGAAUGUACAUUUUUUCGGUUCACAUAGACAAAUUCAUUUUCACUCGGGGGCUGUGGUGUGAAGCAUGUGUGUCUGCGUGUCUGUACAGGGCUGAUUAAUGGUUGGACGCUCAUCCCAUUUGGCCGCAUAUGGAUAAAUAAACAAAAAUCUUUACUUUUUUUGCUUUUUUACUGUGAUAGUUGCAGUGAAGAGUGACAGGAAAUGGGGAGAAGAGUAGGGGGAAGACAUACAUAAAAGUGUCGCGGGCAGGAAUCGAACCCGAGCCACUACGUCGGAGACCACCCCUGCAAAUGGGUCUUCUGCUUUCCCCGAUGGGCCAUACAGGCACCGGGUGAUCAGGAAACAAAAUUAUUUAAUAAAGAUCACCGCACAGUCCCCAAAUGUGGACCGGCCCUUCGGUCAAACGACCGAAUGAAAUAACGUUCAAUCCGCCCCUGUUGAUAUAUGAACAUAGUUCUGCAAAUACAGUCGUAGGCCGAAUGACGCACUUUAUGAACAUCUACAACAAUGAGGGUUUAUGAUUAUCCGGCUCUACAAGUCUAAUAUACGCCACUUUCUAGCCCUGUUUUGUGCAUACGCAAGCUUUAUAAAUGAGGCCCCUGGAAAGUAUUUUUUUGAGCCAUAAUGACAAAACAUGUUUUCUUAUACUGCAUGUUUUUGUACGUUUUUAAGUGGAACGUUAUGGGUGGUGGAUUAUUUAUUACUUUUACAUGUUUAAAACGAUAAUUGUAUUUAGACCAAUCAACAUAACUUUCCGUGUUAUUAUUAUUAUUAUUAUUAUUAUUAUUAUUAUAUGUGAAGGAAUUCAUGGAGAAAAAUCUGCAUAGUUGCUUUGAUCAUUGCAUGCUGCUUGUAAACGUGUGUCUGACUGACAUAUCAGAUUAGUUAAAUGAGUUUAUUUUACUUUAAAUGUGGCAUAGCUGUUGCUAUGUCACAAAUACAUGUUUUUAUUUAUCUGACUAGCAAAUCUUUGAAGACUGAGCAAUAUUACUGACUAUACUGACAGAUGUUACACUUUACUUCUCCACACUUCUUAUCGUAUGUUCUUAUUGUCCCUUAACAAGACUUGCAGAGUUGUGCAUGUGAAUUGUUGCACUUUUGAUGAGCUGAACUACUUCAUAAUUCUGCAGUAAGCUGUAGCCAGUAUGGAUACAAGGUUCCCAUGUUGUUUGUGGGCUGACGGUCACUUCAUUUCGUGGUUGCAUCUCCACACCUGAAUGUAUGUUUUGUUUUCUACUGUGGGAUUAAAACUUUUAUAUAAUUAAAAAUAUUACUACGUGCACACGUUAAACUACAACUUCCCAGCAAAGAUUUUGCAAAGUGAUCACAACCAAGUAAAUCAUGUGGUAAUAUUGUAGCAUUUCAGAAUUUGACUGACUUUCAAAUUCAAAGUAGUACCAUAUGGGCUCUUUGAGAAUGUCGUGUGGAUUUUGUUUCAAAUGUUUGUUGAUUUUUGGAUGAUUUCUUGUUUCGUUUGAGUUGUUUUGAGAAGACUGGUCAUGGUAGAGGAGGUAAUUAUGCAUUUCAUUUCUAAUGGGAUUGCUUUCUCUUUAGAACACAUGAAUAAUAAAUAGUAUUUUUUCCUA